CCGUUUUCCUUUAUAUCCCCAAAUCAAGCACGCCAAUCCCUAAAUUUUUUAUGCGGGACCCUCACCAUUCCUCUCUCCGAAAAAAAUCCCUCCUGUCCUGCUUAUCUCUCUACAAUUCGAUCUCUCACGUAAUCCAAUUACCCUUCAAUGGCGAUUCGACAGCUGGUUUAUAAUUUUGGUGGUAAUUUGUGAUUUUGUCAAGCCAUUCUUGAUUUUUCAUUGUUGAAUGUCUGCUUUAGAGAUAGUUGCUGGACUUGGUGAAAUAAGCAGCUGAGGAAGAAGUUUUUUUUGUAGAGAUGAGCUGGUUUUUGUGGGUUUGAGAACAUGUCUGGAAAUGCAAGAUACGAGCUGAGUUCGGCUAGUCCGGAGGAAUUGGGUUUUACAGGUAGCUAUUCUAAUGGGCAGAGGGGGAGUUAUCCUAGUGCCAGUUUUGAUAGGUCUGGAAGUUUCAGUGAGAGUCGGAUGUUCAGUUCUGGGGCAAGUACACCCCGGGCUUCUGCUUCACCAGCAAGGAGUAUGGCCCCACUUGCUCCAUAUCUGUCGUUGGAUCCAGUUACAAUGGGGGAUCAAAAAUAUACUCGAACGGGCGAGUUAAGGAGGGCUUUUGGGAUAUCUCUAGGGAGUGCUACAGAAGAUAAUUCUUUUGGAGCUGCUCAUUCAAAGCCCCCCCCUGCAGUGGAUGCAGAGGAACUGAAGCGGAUCAAAGCUGAUGUAUAUGAUGACAAUCAGAAGGCCAGGAAUAGAAUAAAAAUGUGGAAUGGAUGCUUGCUAAGAUGUCACAAAUUCUCAGAAGAAUUAAAUUCAAAGAAUCAACAACGAAAUGAGAUGCCAAUGAAUGAAAGAUCAGUUGGUUCAAACUUUUUGAAGGUGGGAACACAGAUUCAUCGAAGCCCUUCAGACCUUGGGACUCAAAGAUUAGAGGACAGGGCUAAGACUCCUGUUUUGAAUAAGCGAGUUCGCUCUUCUGUAGCAGAAUCAAGGGCUGAUGGCCGAAGCAAUACGGUUCCGAGGCAGCCUUUGGUCAUGGGAAAAGACAGAGACAUACACAGGGAUGGUGGUGAAGUUUCUGAUCUUGCUGAAGAAAAGGUCCGUAGGCUACCUGCUGGAGGGGAAGGGUGGGACAGAAAGAUGAAAAAGAAACGUUCUGUUGGUCCUGUUUUUACCAGAACUAUAGACAGUGAUGGGGAAAUUAAACGAGUGGUGCAUCAUAAGUUUAAUAAUGAACCUGGUCUGCAGUCUUGCGAUGCCCAAGGCUUCAGGUCAGGAUCUUUUAUUGGGAUUAGUGGCAUCAACAAGGCAGAUGGCAUUUCAGCAUCUGCCAGUUCAAAUGCCCGUGCCAUUCCCAAAGAAUCAGAAAGAGUUUCUUUGACAAGGGAUUUUGCUGCUGGCAUGAAUAAGGAGCGGCUUGUAGUGAAAGCAAACAAUAAGGUAAAUAUUCUGGAGGACAAUAAUCAUACAGUGAGCCCAAGUCCAGUCACAAAAGGAAAGGCUUCCAGGACACCUCGAACCGGCUUAGUAAUGGCAGCAAAUGUAUCUCCUAAUAUUUCUCGUGCGCCUGGGGCCCUUGAUGGCUGGGAACAAACACCAGGUAUAACCAAAGGCAAUUCUGUUGGGGGGCCUAAUAAUCGCAAGCGUCCCCUGCCUACAGGGUCAUCAUCUCCCCCAAUGGCUCAAUGGGUUGGUCAGAGACCGCAAAAAAUCUCUCGUACCAGAAGGGUGAAUGUAGUGUCUCCGGUCUCUAACCACGAUGAAGGGCAGAUGUCAUCAGAAAGAAGACAUAUUUCCGAAUUUUCCACUCGAGUGAGUUCUGCUGGGAUCAAUGGGACACCUCUUGCCAAGGAUGUGGUUAAUGGAACCAAACAAGUUAGAGUGAAACAUGAAAAUGUUUCAUCUCCAUCAAGAUUAUCUGAAAGCGAAGAAUCUGGUGCUGGUGAAAAUCAUGAGGGUAAGCCAAAGGAGAAGGGAACAGGUAGUGGUGCUGUAGAGGAGAGAUCCCUGAAUCAGAAUGUUGUUCCUUCUCUGUUGCUUACAAAGAAGAAUAAAAUGCUCAAUAGGGAAGGCACUGGUGAUGGCGUGCGGAGACAAGGAAGGACUGGUCGGGGUGCAUCAUCUUCUAGGAUUAGCAUUUCUCCAAUGAGGGAGAAUCCAGCCUCAACCAAACCACUUAGAAGUACAAAGCCCAUAUCAGACAAGAGCGGAAGCAAGACAGGCCGUCCUCCUCUUAAGAAAAUAGCAGAUCGCAAGGCCUUAGCUCGUCUUGGGCAAACACCAAUAAGUGGUUCCCCAGAUUCCACAGGUGAAUCAGAUGAUGAUCGGGAAGAACUCUUAGCUGCUGCAAUUUUUUCUUGCAAUGCCAGCUAUCUUUCCUGUUCUGGUUCUUUCUGGAAGAAAAUGGAGCCAGUUUUUGCUCCCGUCUGCUCUGAGGAUUCAUCCUUCUUGAAACAAAAUUUGAAAUCUACUGAGGAUCUUCAGAAGAGAUUAUCUGAGAUGUUUGGUCGCAGCAAUAAUUCGGGUGAUCUUGUGCUUGAAGAAGAUAUUCCAUCUCAGCUUGUUCAUGAAGAAAGUGAGGAAAACUUGCAGGACCAGGAUCGACCAAAAAAUUUGAUGAGGACUUCAGAUUUGGUAAAUCCAGAUCAGGACAGUAGUGCUUUAUGUGGAGGCACAAGAAGAAGGAACAAUGUUACUCCACUGUACCAAAGAGUGUUGUCUGCUCUGAUUGUAGAAGAUGAGUCUGAAGAAUUUGCCGAAAACAGUGGAGGGAGGAAUAUUUCUUUUCAAUAUACUAGAGAUAAUUCUCCUGGUGAUAGUUACCUCCCUAUUGAUUUUGAGCCUGGGAGCACAAAUGGUAUUGAUUUUAAUUAUGAAUCCAUGUUGAGUUUUCAAAGUCAGAAGCAAUCUUCUCUUGAAGGUUUUUCUUGUAAUGGAAGCACUACUAUUAAUGGGAUCAGUGGUUUUCACAAAAAUUCCUAUAAUGAUUAUUCACUGCAAGGAAGUAAUGGAUUUAUGCACUCGAAAACUGGAAUGUUCCCUGGGCUUUCCGAGAAUAAUGACGAGAAACCAGCUAUACAUUCAAAUGCCCUUGGCAUUGCCGCCUAUGAUUGCCAAUAUGAGGAACUCGACCUGGAGGAUAAACUCUUGAUGGAGCUGCAGAGUGUUGGUCUAUAUCCAGAAACAGUGCCUGAUUUAGCAGAUGGAGAGGAUGAAGUAAUCAAUCAAGAUAUCAUUGAACUUCAAAAGAAACUUCAUCAAGCAGUUAAGGUUGGUAAGAAGGAGGAAUACUUGGACAAAACAACUAAAGCAAUCAAGGAAGGAAGGGAAACACAAGGAUGGCCCCUUGAGCAGGUUGCAAUGGACAGGCUUGUUGAAUUGGCUUACAGAAAGCUGCUGGCUACUAGAGGAAAUAGUGCUUCAAAAUUUGGGGUCCCUAAGGUUUCAAAACAAGUUGCCUUGGCUUUUACAAAGAGGACUCUUGCUAAAUGUAGAAAAUUUGAAGAUACAGGCAAAAGCUGUUUCUGUGAGCCCCCCCUUCGAGAUGUCAUUUUUGCUGCCCCUCGUGCAAAUGUUGCAGAGUCCACAAGUUGCAUUCAGGAUCCAGGGGCAUCAGGCUCUGUACCUGGUAGAGUUGAGAGGCACGAUCUUUCCAAUGAUAAAUUUGGCAGGGGUGCAUUAGUUGACCAGGAUUUUGCCAGGAAUGGACCAAUAUUGAACAGAGGGAAGAAGAAGGAAUUGCUGCUUGAUGAUGUUGGUGGUAAUGCUUUAUUCAAAGCCACAUCAUCUCUUGGUAAUACUCUGCUGGGUGGAGCCAAGGGAAAGAGAAGUGAGAGAGAAAGGGACAAAGAUGUUUUAGCCAGAAAUUCUGUAACCAAAGCUGGUCGCGCCUCUCAGAGCAAUAUCAAGGGUGACCGUAAAACAAAAUCAAAGCCCAAGCAGAAGAUUGCUCAGCUUUCAACUUCUGGAGAUAGAAUUAUCAACAAGUUCAAAGAAACAGGUAGCAAUAAGAAAAGAGAAGCUGGGGCAACAUCCAAUGGUUCAAAUCCUGUAGAUUCAGCUAAAGAAAGCAGGGGAGCAACACGCAUGGCCAAGUUCCAAGGAUUAGACCCUAUAGAACUACACGACGGCAAUGAUUUUGGUGACACUCAGGAUCUGAAUAGCUUGUUUGAUGGGUUGCCAGAAAAUGACUUGGUGGGUGAAAUACUGCUCGACGACCUGCCCCUUCAAAUUCCCAUGGACGACCUCUCUAUGAUUCUAUAAAAGAUAGUAUAGUGUAAAUUUCCCAAGAUUAAGAUAAAAUGACUGUGCCCUUUGCCUGGAACCAACCUGCUAAUAUAAUUUAUGUCAGGCGAAUUCGCACUUGUAAUUAUGGUCAUUCUUUUUGUAUACUUCAGUGGGAUAGUCUAAAGGAAAAUAUGGAAAGAAAUUUUGUUUUUUUAAGACAAUUUAUCCUGUAAUAAAUUAUUCUAUGUAGCCUUGGUUUA